AUGGACGACCAUUAUGUCUUCAGUAAAACCGCACAAUCGUCGCAACAUGAACUCUCUUUGGUCUCGGCUCUCGGGGAAUCAAACCAUGAUACUACAAAGCAUGAACCUACUUCUCCAAUCAUGCCCGAGAGACUAGAUCAUGAUUUCAAACACUCGAUGCAACAUGAGCCUCGUUCUCCCUCCGUGUUCGAGGGACUAAGAACCGAGCUCGCCCGUCACCAGAUCGAUGUCUCAGGUAUACAUGCAACCGAUUUUGCUUGGCUCUCAGAAGAUACCGCCAAUGCCGCCGAUCUUCAGAGACUGAAGCACUGCGCUAUCCUGACGACCAACGAUCAAGUCCUUGGAGUCUUGGACCUGCAGCUCUCGCUACCGAAUACCCCGCCCCUGACUCUGGGUACCCACCACUACUUUCGUGCAUGGACCUUCGAAUUUGCGGAGCUUCUUGCAGUCAUUCAGCAUAUGAAGGACGACGACCACUACUCUCAGGAGACACGAGCAUGGAAGCGUAUCAUUGAGGAUUACACAGGGUCAAUCACCAAUGUCACUAUCCGAUACGUUGGAACCGUCCAGGGGCCUCGUCGUCCUAUAGAUCGGUACCUGGAAGACCUUGGUAUGCGAACCUCUGGUCUGCUUGCCGAGUUUGCGAGAGCAAUCUCCGUUGUAUGCCCCCAUGUCGAAGCACAAGCCAAGAUCUUUCUUAUUCCAGAAGCCUCAUUACCCUUUACGGAGACUAUUCAACGCAAGGAGAACGUCGAAAGAAUGCUUAUUGCACUGUUCGACUACACAACCCUCCUGAACCGCCAACUAGGGGGCUUUCUUGUGUCUUACGUACCUCCUGCAGGAGACAACGAGUAUUUCGCAGCUCUCAAAACCGACGUUGGUGCACGCUUCCGUGCCUCCAGUCAGGGUAUCAUACCUCCCGGUCCUGCAGCCGGAGUCGAGAGACGAUUUUAUGUCUCCAGUCAGAUCACAUCUCCAAGUCUUUUGUCCGGCCUCGAGAAACAUUUCAAGCAACUCCAAGCCUAUGCGAACUCAAAUCCCGAAAUCUGCGGCACAAGUCACCAUUUCAUUUCGGACGAACUAUGCGCAGUUCUGUUGGCACAAGCCAUUCCUACACUGUACAAAGGACAAAAUUUGACGGUUUACGUCGGGAAGGACCUUCCGGUCGAGGAGUUUUUGUCACCAACACAUUUUCUCGGAGUGGAGAGCCAUGCCGGAAACUUUGUGAGACAAACUCUCGAAUCGGUCGCCCGCAUCGAAGCUUCAAAUCAUGGCAGAGAGUUUCAGCAUUCGGAUUUCUCACCAUACGAAGAUUCAUUCUGUAUCGUCGACCUUUGGUGUUGGCUCAAGCAUGAUCAUCUUGCUCCUGCAUCCGAAUUUCUCCGCAGAUACCUCGAACUCGUUCAACCUCUCGUCGUUACCAUCUUUGGUCGUGACCCUGUCGACCUGAUCUUGAGCGACUUCGAUGUAAACUGCGACCGAAGAUUACAGAAUCUCACUCCUGUCGUCGGAGUGCCAUCUAUACAAUACCACGAUCAGCCUGGAGCGAACGAGGCACAUGAUCCCAACGCCGCGUUCGUGGCCAUUCCUGCCUUCCAUCCUGGACGUGACAAGCAUGGAAGCCAAACCCAACCUAUUCGAAGACUGGUAGACAUUUCGAUGAAGCACACGUUCCUAGUCACGCAAAUCGCCAUGGAUAUGUUGGACGAGCCAGAUGUUGAGUCCAGGUUUUCCACCAGAUUUGAUCUCUGCCAAGAGAUAUUGCAUCGCUUGAGCAACCUUUCGCAAGAAGGAAACAAUUUCCUGCUCCUGCUGGAAAAGACUAAAGCAGAUGUGGAAUCAAUCCUGCGCCAUUCAAUGACAAAGUCCGAAACGGAUGACGCUCGGUCGAUGCUGAAUCGCGAUGCGUAUGAGAUUUUGCUCUCUUUCGGCAUAGCGCGUGGAGACGCCGGCUCAAAUGAACGUAUCUCACAGAUUGACUCACUGUGGGAUGAUGAGGUCGCUUUGUUGCACCUCGUCUUCUCGCAUAUACCAGAGCUGAAGCGACUCUGGAUGAAUCAAUUCUUGCAGCUUGCUCCUCGCCAAUCACUUCUCCUCGCAGCUAUCGCUGGAGUCCACCCUGAUGCAUACGCGGACAUGGUCAUGAGUCUGCUCAGACCCGAAUGGCAGGAGCCUGGAUCAUGGCUCCAGAAUCAACCCUACACCAUUCAAUAUGGUCUAUGGGUCCACCGCGGCGAGUCAGAAUCGCUCAAGAAUAGAGUCAUGUAUCCAGAUCAAGUUCUCACCGCUUUCGACUUACAGGCUAGACCCAUCGGAUUCCCACAGCGUGCUGAUGGCAAGAUUUUAACCGUCGACUUCAACUUGCCCAAGUCUGCAAUCCCAAAAGGCUCGACAGAGUCGAGAGCGCUGGUUUACACAUCCCUUGGUAUUGAUUUGGUAGAUGGUAACGGGAGGGUUUUUCGGUCUGAGAGAAGUGGUAGAGCCACACUCGGAGCUACCAUACCCAGACAAGCGAUCAAAUCCCAGAGUGUCAAGCGGGAACUUUGGUUGGAAGUCCUGAAUGCACAUGAUAUCGAUCCGCUGCUCGAAGACAAUGAGGACGAUGAUGCUGCGGAUGAUUGGGGAAGGAAAGGCGUGGCUAUGCUUUCUCCCAGAGCCAAAUCAAUCACCCCGCGUCAGAGUACACCUCCAAAACCCAACGACGCCAACUAUCCACUAUACUUCUUCCUCGAACAGAGCUUUCCUCACGGAGGCCAUUUUGACCUCGCAAGCCUCGAGAAGUACAGCAUGUCAAAAGAGCACACCAAAGCUUUUGUCGACCUCCUCAAAACUCCCAGGUUUCGGGAGCAUCCAUAUUCGAAGGAAUGGCUGGAGAAGCUCGAUCUGCCUCUACCCUCGACGGGACUGCUCACGAGCAAUCUUCCUCUCCUACGUAAUGUCAAGAGGGUGCAGCGUGCAACCCACAAGAGAGAUGAAUAUCUGUUGAUCGGCCCUCCAGGCUCAGCUGUGCCGGAUCCGUUCGACAUGAUGGAAAGGCAAUGCUGUAUCUCACAGGAGGUGAUGAAGACUUAUCUGAAGAACAAGAAGAAUGUCUCGACUGACGUGGAGGAAUCGGUCGCUAACAAGAGGACAAGCAAGUAUCCGAUCAAAGGCUCGCAGAAGCGUAGCAAGCAGAGAAUCUAGCAUUGAUUACACAGAAAGACGUACUCGUGGAGCAUUGUUGACAUGGAUUUGUCACUCUUGCUUUAUCGCUAAGAAAGCGUUCAAUUGAGCUACCUUGGGCAGGGGAACUACUAGGAACAGACAGAUGUACAUGAGUUUCAGCAAUAUCAUAAUUCGAUGUGCGUGUACCACAAAACUGUCCGUUCUGUGAAUCUUGGCUCGAGCAUACCCGUCGUGUUUUAGUCCU